AUGUCGGAAGUUAACAGCGUCGUGAAUCGGGAUGACCGUGCAAGCAACUAUUCGGACGUAGCUGCCACUAAGAAUAAGAAAAAGAACUGGUUUGUGGAGAACUGGUUCAUGAUAACUACAAUCAUUGGUGUCAUUAUCGGCUUUGGAGCUGGUCUGGGUAUACAACGGCUGGGACUGAAUGAGACGGGGAAGGUGUGGCUAGGUAAGUGGACAUUUCUAUUGCAAGUGGGACUUAGUUAUUGUAAGCAUCUUAGCUGUAUGACAAUUCCCGUGAACUGUGAGUGCCUACAAAGCGACUUUGAUGUAGGUCUGUAACUUCAAGAGAAUGAUAUCAUUUUAAUGGCGGACCCAGAAUUACAUUGUUUUAAACAUUCUCUGCUACUGCCUAUUCACCUAAGGAACUCUGAACCAUCUUUUUAAAAAUCUGACUCAAAAAAUAACUUUUUUCGUUAAAACAUUAUUAUCAGCUUAUACCUAGAAUCAUAAACGUUGUUAAAUACUCUGCUUGUGUCGGAGAAAGCACAUAACGGGGAUAUGCAAGCUAAUAUACAAAAUUUUUGUGAGCUAGGAUGCCUACUCUUACCGUUCAUGUUUCGCUGGACGUAUAUUUGUUUCAAUUAGUUUCUUUUACCUUCUGCGCAAUGUAGCACCUACAGAUCCUUUUUGCCUAACUAAAAUGUUGUAUUAAGGAACAUUUUUAUGAAGUCCCCCACAAGCAUCACACUGCGGUAGCAACAUAGGCGAGUCCUUUUGACCUCCCAAGGCAGAUUAACUUCGCCACCAACCAAUGGUGUUUAAGGACAGAUGGAGACCCAAAUGAUAUCGAUCUGCUUGCAGAGGUGUCUUCCCUCACCACGAUGUCUGCUUGUAAAUUCAUCGGCAGGUCGACGCAAGCAGCUGCAUGACAGCAGCAAAUGACAAAAUUCGUAAUCUAAAAACACGUCCCCGAUAAGUAUCGGAUCGCCCGCCUCCCGAACUCGCGAUCGAGCUUAUUUGAGGAAUCUUGUCGGUUAUGCGAUGUACUAAUACUCCCUCAUCCUCCGUCAGGAGUAGCUUAGUGGCUAAACACUGCACGAACUCGUCCGACGCUGUCCCAUGACAAAGAUUUCCAAGUGUUUCUGCUUUCCAUAUCCUUGGCGAUUUUCUUGAAGACUACGUGAGGUGGUCCGACUGGGAUAAUCGUUUAUGGAAAUGACUCGUAAACCUUCAAACGGCAGACAGCUGUUAAAGAGAAGUACACAGCUGGGGUUCUGCCUAUGAAACAUCCGUUUUGGAUACAACAUAGAGCGAGUACUCAUAGGGUCUGCGCCAGAAGUUAUUUAAAACCGACAGGAAUCUUUAUGUGUGAUUGCACGCUGCAUAAUUGGAACUAUACUCCAACAAAGGUGAAAUACAUGGAUAUUUUGGCAGAUUUUUAAUAAUUCAUAUUGACCCAACUGUGAAAAACUCGGCGCCUCGUAGCUCAGGUGGUUAGAGCGUUGGCUGCGCUACAGCCUUCCCUUUACUGCGUGGGUUUGAAUCCCACCGAGGCGCCGAGUUUUUCACAGUUGGGUCAAUAUGAAAGGUGAAAUAUAAACUCAUUGAAAAUCGCGAUGACUUUCCGCUCAAAACCUCUUAGCAAUCUUUGUUUAUAGAAUCCAUGCAUUCUGGCUCAUGUAAAAGCUUACUUACAUGUGCGUAUCUAGUAAUUUCUAAAAUCAGUAAAUGACCGGGAAAUAAUUAUUAAUGUCGGUUCUGGAAUUGUAAUGAACAGUUCGGUGGCUGUUUUCUUUCCUUCAUCUUGUGAAUUCGCAAAUGGUGUUUCCGGGCGUUAGUGUGCAUCAGAGUGUCGUUCAGCAACAGUUGAUUCUAUUUAUGUUCUCUACCUGGGUGCAGUCUACAUCAUCUACGCAGUCUCGAGAGACUUGCGGAAGGCUUACUACACCUAGAAAGAACUACCGAUUUCCAUAUUUUUAGUCCUGCACUUCUAAAAAUUCACCCAUUUUAGAGUCACCUCACCGUAUAGGGGUUUUUCAGUUGUAGAUGUUUUUGAUGGCGCGCGCCGAGACCGUUAAUUCGAAAAUAAACGCUUAUUCACGCCACGCCUCUGAUGCCUAAAUUCACUUCAGAUGCUCUCUUUCACCUCAUUUGCCAAUUUUCUGUGUAUUCUGAUCCAGAAAAAUCAAAAAGCUGUGUGUCUUAUUAUUCCUGUAUGCUUUGUCACUUGAUAUCAAGCAUGCUAUUACACCCCAGCUCGCAUGUGCAACCCGCAGUUCACGCACACUCCACAUUAGUUCGCUUGUCCCCCAGCUAGUUAACUUAAGUGGGUUUUUUGAGCGAAUACCUUUUGGGGACCCUGUGGGGUGCGAACUUCACGCCUACAUCAACUUAACAACGAGACGCAUGCCAACUGGCUUCUGAGUGGCUCCAGCUGUGGGUCUGUUGUACUUCGCGAUCUCAUCGUGAAAUAUAAUAAAUGCUGGGUGAGAAGGAGAAAUCGUACAUACUGCGGUUCUGGUAGCCAGCUGUUUUUCGAUUACAGUAGAGGAGCCAUGUCCGAAAGCGAGAACUCGUCGAUUCUGUCGGAGGAGGAGGUGACAGCACCUCCAAAGAAGAAAAACUGUUUCGUUGAAAACUGGUUUAUGAUUACUACUAUCAUCGGUGUGGUUAUCGGUUUUGGUGCUGGAUUCGGCAUACAGCAGGUGGGACUAGACGAGGUGGGACAGACGUGGCUUGGUGAGUAUUCCGCCUUCUCGGCGUCAGUAUAAACAGGAGCAGUCCCUAUGAAUUCGCGAAAGAUACAUUUUAAACAAAUCAUGCCGCCUUGCUAUCCUUUUUUCUCGAAAAUACAUUUUCUUUGAAUACUUUUAAUCAGCAUAUUUGCUCAAGGAGGUUGUGAGUAUAGCUGGAUAUUUUACUCUGGUCAUAACAUUUUUAACGUUGUUUUAUAGCAUUGGAUUCAAAUAUGUAAACUAAGAAGCAUCUUCCUCAAAGAAUAUCUACAAAAAACAUAAUAUUUUGCAUGCAUUUGAAACUAGUUUUCGUUUGCUAAUUCACCGCGUUUGCAGACUGAGUUGUGAGAGUCUUGUUUCCAUUAUUUCAAAUUUAUUUUUUACGGUAAUUUUCGUUCUUUGGAUACAUGUCCACGCCUAGUCCUGAGUUUACGAUAAAUCAUAAGGUAUUGUGCCAGUAGUCGUAAAACAGAAUGAUGUAUGGUAAGAUAUACGCCGGAGAACACGCUACAUAGAGCGGAUAAACCUCGCAACAAUUAAUUCGGGGUAAAGAGGUGGACGGCGUCAUCUUGAUUGUUUUGAAAUGUCAUUGUAUAAGGAUAUAAACUAAAAUAACGUAAGAAACACAGACAGAAGAAGAGAGGAUUCAAAAGACGCGUUUUAAAAUGAGCAUAUCUCUUUACGAGCAAAGCAAGAAAAAAAUGAGAGGAGUCUGUGAUGCACCUAGCUAAGGAUGGUAAAUAAGUUUGGAGUUCUUAGCGACCAUUCGACUAAUAAUUAACUCUCAGAUCCUUCUGGAAGUGGUUCUCUGUAUAUUUUUAAUUGAUACCAAACAGUAAAUGGCAACCAGUCAUCUGCUUCUCCCUCGUCUUUUUAGGUUGAAGUUACGUAGUCAGAAAUAUUUUAACAGUACGAAAACUUUUUUCCUCUGGUCCUAGAUAGAUGCAACACCCUGGUAAUGCGGCCGAUGUGCGCAUCCGUUACUUUGGCAGAGCACAUUUUGGACCGUUUAGUUUAACUGAGCACCCACUAAGAUAGAGUAAAAAAGAAAGAGGCUACCGUUUAUUUGCAUAAACGUUUGAAUUGAAGGCCAUAAUUUAGAUUCGGUUGAGCGAUAAAGCGAAUGUGCUAACAUUUUCUAGAAUUUUUUGCGAAAGCCUUAGGAGUGAAUCACUGAUAAAAUGAAUUAGAUUUUUGCACGUCUACAACAAAGAACCUGCACUAAGGCAUACCACGUCUAUUUCUUUCAGCAAUGCCUGGAAACAUUUACAUUCGCGUUUUACAACUUACAAUCCUGCCGAUGAUUUCUGCCAACGUCAUCAACGGUAAGUACCAUAGGUCGUUUUAGACACUGGGACACACAACUGCAUUUAUACACUUGAAAUUUUCAGUUUGAUUUGAAGUUUUGUCGCUUUCAGGACCGUAUCGAUUCUGAUUAUCGUUAUCAUCACGGGUAUAUUUAUGCCAUUUUCAAGUUCUGGCGGAUCUGAACCCUAAGGAAAACGGCAAAGUUAGCGUGGUCGCCCUCGUCUACAUCCUCGCGUGUAAUCUCAUUUCCUCCCUCAUUGGCAUGGCCUACAGUUAUAUCAUUAAACCCGGUAAGUCAUCUUGUUUUCCGAACGAAAUACAUUCAGAAAAGACAUAAUCGAUCCGGAAGCAAUCCCUCUGCAAAACAAGAUUCACUCCAUUCUCCCACACGCCAAUAGGCCAAAAGUUGGUGAAAAUAUUAUUUCGUUCAAACGAACAGUAAAUUUGGUCAUUUCAACUAGGCACAAGGAUUUCAGGUGUCUAGCAGUCCAAACGUGGAAUAUGCGGUGAAGGUAGAGGGGCUAAACAGAAGGAGUGCUGAAAUCAUUAAGGCACUGACAGCGACUGCGGAUGAACAGAGGGUAGUUUCUGGCAACUAGCGUAGGCUUAUAUUUAAGUUGUUACGGUCUUGAACCUGACUCUAUCGCUAACAUGCCUCUACCAGGUGUUUAUUUAAUUAGCAUUCCUGUAGACCAGGAAAGGCAUUUACAACCCUGCGUUAAUUUUUGUCGAUGUUUAAUACAUUCUGUUUUCGAUAGGUCGUGGGCUAGGAGACGGCUCCUCAUCCCAAAGCCCAGGCAAUGAAACUAAGGAUGACGGAAAUCAAAUCUCGUACAUUUUUAGAGAUCUAUUCCUGUGAGUGUUCCUGUUACUUACAAAACACUGUGCCAACGCUAAAAGAGCAUCUAACAGUUGGAGAGGCGGAUAAUGAGAGUGUGCUUAUCUUCCAGUCGGACCUCUACUUUAGCUGUCUUAAAAAUAAUAAAAGUACAGAAAUUUGAGAAAAACUAAGCACAUAAUAUAAAGCUGUAUACAGAGAGCGAUCGAUAAAAAGAACCUUCUCGUCCUCGUAGUUUCGUAAGAAUCGGUCACUAUCUCAUUACACGUAGAAUAGUGGUAUGUCUGGAGGACUCUUAUGACAUCAGCUAAGAGUAAGCCAGUUAUAAGAAAAAUUAACGAUUGUGUGUGGAAAGAUCGCUUUUCCGCCACUAAUAGCACUCGGAAACUUUAUGCUUGUUCGUCAAAUUUGUGUGUACAGCAACUGCAGCACAUGAAAGAAAAUCCAAAUAUCAUCUAGCAUUUAAUCGUUAGCAUCGUCCUGCAAAAACGUCUUGCGAUGGCGGCUGUCCAAGCUAAAGGAUCGACUUUGUUUUCUUUCACCAAUGAAAAAAGAGAAGAGGUAUCCUAAGCUUUUAGAAGAAUUCCACCCAGAGCCAAUUGAGCUGAAGGCCAUUAACCACCAAAUAUGUGCACGUAUUUCCGUGGUCUCCAUAAAAAUGACCGGAAACAAAAAGCACCGCGUUAUUUGUCUAAGCAGUCAGGUUUUUUUGAGCAUCCCACGCAAAAUGAUUAUGUACCAAGAUUGACCUUCGUCUUCACCAUCGCACGCACUAAAUUUUCGCUUGACCAAUUUUAGGAACAUUUUCCCCGACAAUAUCGUUGGUGUCACCCUCUUCCAGGUAAGCAUUUCGACACCUGCUGCCCUCCCUGAUACUUGCAAAAAAGGCAUGCGCUUUGUUUAUUUUCUCGUCUUAUGUGAACAUUUUGGGAAAAGGCAAGCAACGAAUGCGCCCCUUCCACCAAACACAUUGUGCCUAAGGGUCGUAUCGUUACUGGUACAACUGCCUAACCGGUACUUCACUCUACCACUCAAGGGGAGAUGCGUAAGACAGGUUUAGGGUAGUGGAAGAACUCUCAAAAAAUAAGAUAUCCUGAGCAAAGUAUGCUGGUACAAUUUGACUUUUCUAUGUAAGUACUCCUGAGAAGACAGCAAUCUACCUAAAGUAGCAUCCUCAUCUGACAGGAAGCAAGGUUGACGAAAACGCCUCUCUCUGAUUGCACUUCGCUAUCUUACGUUUUUCAGGCACUGUAGAUCGGAGCUCUAAGGAUCACGGAAUGCACUGUCUCGUCCUCCAAACAGACCAGAUCGCUGAGCGUCAAUCCCGUGAGAGCGUAUACACUCGUUUCUCCACCGGUAGGACACGCGGUCUAGUAAUCAAGCAAACACUCGACGGGCGUUAACCCGCCCUAUUUAGAGAAGAAAAACGGAAGGUUUUCUCCGUCCGGACAUGACAUAUGACUGGAUAACAGCAAUGCAUAGUGCAGACACUGCAAUUCCCGGCCAAUCGUUUUUCAGUCAUAAACUUGCUGUAUUUCCGGGAGCAUUCUCUUAUACCCUCAGGUGUAAUGGCAUACUCAACGUUGCCGGCGGUUACAAUGCCUUCACAGAGUGUUCAGAUGUGUCUCAUAUUGUGAGCUUAGAAUCUGACUCAGACAACUCGAGUCCUCAACUCCUAGGUAAAAAAAUGACAUAACAGGACGAGGCCAUGCAUAGAGCAACCGUAGGUUUAAACGCUUGCUACCAAGGCCUGGAUUCUGAUGCAAGCCAGACCGGACCAGAUUGGUAUCAAACCGUUUCUCUUAGUAACUGGACGAUAUAUCUUUCCCAAAACUGAGUUUAGUUAUCGCUUUAUGUGUACGUGGAUGUGACAGAUGCAUUUUGGUUCAGCCAGUCUGAGGAUUCAAGUUCUUUCCAGUCAGUGAGCCAUGUUUCUAAAGUGCAUCAGAGAGGUUUCAUGUAAGAAUGCUUGCUUGUGAAAACUCCACCCAGGAUCUUCGCAACUGCGAUUGCAAAGAAGUAACUUGUCGAAAUACGCGCUGUAUUGUAUAAGGUAGACGUACUGCGCACAUGUAUCAGCACCGCUCUUCCUGUGAGCGGACAUUAUGUGUGUUGGUAAGCUGCGAAUAAAAAACGGUUUCCAUUUAUUUUUGCAGGCCGGCACAGACUUUGAAAAGCCAGAAGUUGAAAAUAACCAGACUGUUUACAAGUCGGUCACUUUAGAAGGAACGAAUAUGAUCGGUAAGUUUUAACACACUAUGUUCGGGUUUGACUUGUGGAUGAUUUGCGGUUGAUUGCGAUUACUUGAAUGAAUUUUGCAGGUGUGCUCUUCGUCUCAUUCGUCUUCGGCCUUGCCACAAACGCCUCAAAGGAAAAGGGUAUUCCGUUCAAGAAAUUUUUCAAUUCCCUUGGCGACGUCGUGAUGCUACUCAUGCAGAAGUUCUUACUGUAAGUCCACGCUGUUCAGAGACUGCAUUUUUGCGACCAACACCCAAUGUCAUUUUGUUGUUGUGGGAAGCAGUUUUAAGUUAUGUCCAAAAAAUUGGUCGAAACAUAAUUAUUUGCCUUUAACGUCAAAAUCCAUCAAUUAAUGAAGCAUAAAUGUGCGAGUACACAUGGGGAUAUAUAAUAAAGUUUAUCGGUGCCCAACAGUCAGAGUCCAUUUCGGUAUAUGCCUCCGGUCUUAGAGACCAGGUGCAGAAUGGCUGAAGAAAUUAAAAUUGCUAACAAACGGCCUAUAAAAACAAACCCAAACUUUCAGUUCAAAUAUCCAUGGGAUAUCAAAGGCCCUAUUUGGAAAAUAGUUCCGACUUUGUGCUUGUGGAAAGUGCUUAGGAACAAAAACUAGAGGGUGUAUGGCUUAAAGAGUAUGUCCUCAAAAUGCUGCUCAUCUGUUUGUCGGUUAAUGCUUAUAUUCGUUCAGCUAGGAUAAAAAAGGGGAACCUUGCAUGGAAGUAGAAGACGCAUUCAGUCGUCGAUCCAUCUUUGCACCCAUACAAUUGUGAACAUUAAAGCCUCUCUUUGUACGCGUAAUCACAGAGGCAGUGUAUACGGUUUUUAUGCGUGAAUUAUAGUGAAAGGGACCAGAACGUGGGAUAUGUAAGACGUCCAGGGGAUCUCGAAGACACUUACCGAAAAAGAAUGUAGACGUUUUUGAGUGAAGGAAAGUGCCUUUGGACAAGGAUCUGACAUUAUAUAGCUUCAGGCCCAGAUCUUCGAAAAUUUGCUCCUUUGUUUGGGUGUUUGUGCUUAAGAUCUGUCAGCCAACAUGACUUUUAAAUAUGCUGGGCUUAGAAAGAAAACCUUUGCAUAGAAUACCUACUUAAAAACAAAAGACGCCUAUGAUCACUAAGCCCUUUUUACGUCUACGUCAUGCUAGAGUUAAUCUGCACAGCUUUAAUACGUAAGUUACAAUGAAAUUAAUCUCAGAGUGGGGAAAGCCAGCAGCAAUCAACAGAGCUAAGUAAAUGAGUCCACUUAUUUUAACCCGAACAUGCAGCACUCCAUGUAGAGGGCAGAUAAAUAGACGUCGUUCCUCGGCGGUUUUCCUACUAUAUAUAGUCAUUCACGGUGUGACGCCUAUCAAUUCAGGAAUUUGGGCGGUUCAGAUAAAGGUUUAGGCCCAGCUUAUAUCCGAGGGAGGAUGCAAGACUUCUGCCCAAGUGAUCUACUCUCUUGGAAGAGAACCGGAUUACUGAACGAAACUUAGAAUCCCUACCUUUCUACUCUGCUGUAUGAUAUAAACUUAAUGCAUUCCUACCUUGUUUGCCCGUCUCAUCGGCCUUGACUUAUACACUUCCUCCAGGGUUACGCCCGUUGGCGUCUGCUUCAUGGUCAUGAGCUCAAUCGCGGGCGUGGAUAACAUAGCCAGCACUUUUGCGAGCCUGGGCUGGUUUGUGUUGCUGAACUUCGUUGGUCAAUUCACACACUUCCUUCUCCUCCUCCUCUCUGUUGCCGUACUGCGGGUGAAUCCGUUCAGGAUUCUCAAGUUGUGUCUUCCACCGUACUUCAUCGCGUUUGCAACUACCAGUGGGUGAGUCCACACUCCAGUUGACGGUUACCUAUGUGUCCUAAUGAGUGUCACUUUCAAACGAGCCAUCGCGUUUUUAGGCAGGCUUUGCUGCAGUUUAGAGGGCCAGACUUGCGCUUCAACAGAAGGCGUUCUGUUCAGGGUUUGUACGUAUGUGCGUGUAUCGAAGGAAACUGCUGAAUACAAACGUGCGUUGGUGCUAGUGCAGUGGAUAUCUCUUUUUAUCCCAAACGCCUGAAAAAGGUCAUAUUUUAUCAACCAACUUCGCAUAUCCGUAUUAUAAUGUUGACUGUUAUGAGCAACGUGGCUAAAGUCCAGUGGUGCACAUAGUAACAGGUUCAGCGAAGUUUGCCGGUUUAUUUUCUGCAGUAUUCAAAUCGAGCAAUAUGCGAACUAGAAUUGAUGCCGGAAUGAGUCCACCAAAAAUGGUAUUUAACUACGAAUUAGUAAUUGCAUCAAAAGUGGGGUGGCGGUUAACUUUCUCAAUAAGUAGCAAUUAAUUGUAUCACGUUCUUCCCCUUCCGGUUGUUCGUGAGACAAAUCUCAUUGUAAAAGUGUAAGUACUGGCAGUCGGUCCAAAGGAGAGUUCUGGACUUUUCGAAACUGGGGAUGUAAUUCAUCAACUAUUUUAACGUCCAACCCCUAUUUUUCUACCCUAUCCCUCCUGACGGUAUUUUUGCUUGUUGUGAUAGAAACUCAUUCUGUUAAUCUUCGUCCCGUGCUGUUUUCUUUCCAACAGAAUUGUCGCCUUACCGAAAUGUUUCGUGGCCUGCGACACCUACGGCAUACCGAAGGCCAUCUCCCGCUUUGUGCUACCAUUCGCAGGCACCAUGAAAAGUGACGCUUCCGCCAUCUUUAUCGUCGGUUCCUGCUUUUUCAUCGCUCAGCUCAGCGACAUCACUCUGGAUGCUGGCAAAGUUGUUAUAAUUAUGUACGUAACCACAGGCAUAAGCGGGCUGCGCAUUUCGCCCCACUGCUUGACACUUCCGUCAAUACUUUCAUUUUGUUUCGAUUAUUUUUAGUCUAUUGUUUGUGCCUGAUAGUGCUGUGCUCAAAAUUGAGUUCAAAGUAAGUACAAGAAAAGCGUCAAGUGAAUGUGCUUCAGCAUGACCCAAAGAUCAAUUGUCCUAAAACAAUGAGCCAUACGGAAGCAAAAUAGCCUGGAGUGAGUAGUGCGGGCUCAUUACAAUCUUUCCACCCAAACUAAAAGUCGAAAAUUUAAGCUUCCGGAAAGAACUCACUUUCCGAUCAGCAAGCUCAGACGUCCAGAUUGAAAUCGCCUCUUACUUAAGUAUGAGAUCGGACAAGCAAACAUUUAAGCCCGCCGAGUGCAGGUGGCGGCCUACAAUAAAGGGUUCAUGGGUCGGGACGUAUCGCCGACAAUGACAGAGGAGACGCGAGGGAAUGCUUCUGGCUUAUUAGCCGUCCUCGGUCAGUCAUUACCCAACGUCAGGCAGGCGAGACCCUUGGUAUUUACCCUAGUUCAUGCAGUCAUUUAACAAAGGAGGAGGAAGCAUUCACCGGGAGGGAUUUAUUGGGGGUCCGACGUUUCGAGUAGUUGAUUCGUCUACCCAUCUUCAGAGACUGGGAAGUUCUGAGCACAGCUCCUUUUAUAUGGCGCACUUUGUUCAAUGCAUGACCCGCCAAUGCCGCCUGUGUGGCUGCAUCCACCCCGCAUGUCCCCGUGACCUGAAUCGCCCCCUUCGGCCGCGGAGAUGACUGACAGCCCCGAUUGUCCCGCGCCGUGACUGUCCCCCCGUUAAGAAGGUUCGUAAAGUCAGAUAGGGGGGAGGCGAAUUGAUGUGACGGUUGACAGAGCAAUCGGUGGACAUCCAGGCUCCUUGCACUUGACUUGCUGUAUGAUCACCGCCCCCGCCCACAAUCUCAACGGCGUCAAAGUUGAAGAUGUAUCCCAUUUGUGCGGCAUGAGUUGCUACCUCCGACUUUGGGUCCAACUUUCGCACGGCCAACUUAUGCUCGUGCAUUCGCGUUUGCAGCCGUCGGCCGGUUUCCCCAACGUAGUUGCACCUUCCGCAGCUGCAUCGAAGUCAGUAGACAACGGCCGACAUCUCCUGCUUAGGGAUUUACCAGUUAAGCCGUUGACUCACGCUGUGCCAACCGCUGUGGAGAAUAUUGCGUGACAUGUGAGGCUGGUGUUUACCGAGGUGGCCCAGCUGUUGGAAAGAAUAGAGCGCUCCGUGUUGCCUCGAUCGCGAACUCACUAGGGGGUCCCACGACAACCUCUGUGAGACUGAAAGGACCUCAUGAAGUGAAGUCUUUCAUCUGGAGCACAUUAUCACGCUCUAUUCGUUACGAGUUUUAAUUCACAAAGAACACAGAAGGUAAUGGAGAUUUAACAGUGAUUGACCUUUACACUCCAACAACUGUCCUGAGAAAACACAGUCGUAUGUCGGUCUAUUUAAAUACUCACUGCUUUCCUAUCUGCUUUUUAGCAUCCUGGCAACAGCCUACGUCACCGCACUGCCGAACAUUCCUAGCGCCAGUGUUGUCGCAGUCAUCACCAUUCUUAACUCUAUCGGUGUGGACAGUACCAAUGCAUCUCUCCUCUUCGCAGUGGAGUGGCUCAAGUAAGCUAAAGUAUCUGUCAAAUAAUAAGGCCGGUCUGACCUCGGCACCCGAAGUCUGCCCGUAUAUUUGACCCCAACGACUGUGUCCAAUUAGGAAACGUCUUUUGCAGAUUUUGGAGGUCGUUGCUUCAUUUUCAGAAUUAGUUCGCACGGCCAGCACCAUCCCAAAACCGGUAAUCCAUUUGUUGCAAAAAGACAGUGUCAACGAACGUCGGACGGGCAUGAAGUUUUCAUUUUUAAAGGAGGCGAUCCUACUCUCUGCCCUCCCAGCACUUGUCCAGGCUUAACUUUAAGCUGAAAAGAUUGUUCCGUUGUGGGCAUUUCGUGCCAUUUGACGUCAACUGUUGCGUUGUCUUCGAUCCGGUUGAUAGUACAGCUUAACACUAAAGUUUACUUAUUUAUAUCUCGUGAGGCUGACCAAAUAAUUAUUCAAUGUCCAAAUUCUGCGUUGUAUGUUCCUAAACAGUCAGCAGAUACCUCUCCUGUCUUCCUCGUGGGUUCAAAUGGACCUGUGAACGUCGUUUAAUUACAAAAGUGGUGUUCCAAACUGAGAUUUCUUUAGAUGAUAACAUUCACAUCCAGAAGAGGAAUGCGAUCAAGGAUUUGCAGAUGCGCCAACCCUCCAAGAUAUAGACCCGCAAAUGGACUGAUGAAAAGCUACUCGUAUGCGACAACUGUCGAUGUUUGGUUUUGUUUACAGACAAGGCGUUUAAUAAAAAAUAAUCAUUCUUAAUAGGGUGGCUGCAGGUUCUUGAUUUCAGUGAAAUGUCAGACAGUGAAAUGUCCUUCGCUGGUCCUUUCCCUAUAGAGUAAGGUCAGUUUGUUGAAGAGGGAAAGCCAUCUUGACGGAAUGCAUUCAAAGUGUCCUAUAAUCUUGCCUUGUUGCAGUGCGUUUUCAGUCAGUCAGUGUAUUUGAGGGAAAUAGGCUUAGGCCUUUGAACUCCCUAUUUGUACAUAAAAAAAUCGAUAAAUAAGCCAAAAUGUGAAGAAAGUACAGCAGUAAGUGAAUGCAAACAUUGAUUCUCAUAUGUCACUGGUCUCAUGGUCGCCACAGACUGAGACAUGGCAACCGUCUCGGGCAGGUUAUUCCACGGUUCCACGACACGGUUGGAGAAGAAAUAUUUUCUCACAUUCAAUCUACCCUGGGGCACACGUAGCUUGAAGCGAUGUCUCCAGAGGUUAGUGGUUGUGGCGAGUUGGAAAAAGUCAUCUCACCGAAGAGCGCAGUCCAAGCCACGCAGGAUACGGAAAGUUUGUAUCAAGUCUCCGCUCAACUGCCUAUAACUCAGAGGGUGGACAUCAAGGUUACUUAAGCGGAUCUCAUAUGGCAGUGCACUUUGACCUCUUAUUAAUUUUGUCGCUCGCCUCUGCACCCUUUCGAGCAGAUUGUAAUCCUGAUGCGUCCACGGUCUCCAGGCCUGAAUCGCAUAUUCGAGAUGCGGCCUUACAAACGUGCCGAAGACUUUGGAGUAGCAGUCUUCAUCGAAAGCUGAGAAUGCCUGCUUGAUGGCACAUAGCAUUGAAGUUGCGGCCUUGGCCGCCUUACAACAUUGCGUAGAAGGCUUUAGGCUGUCUGCAACCCAAACUCCGAGAUCUUUCUGCGUUUCUGCAUCUCGAAAUGCUAUUCCGUUCAGAUGGUAUUGCCGCCUACUAGGGGUCUGAUUUCCGAGGCGCAGUAUGGUACAUUUGUUCAAAUUAAAGGACAAGAGCCAUCUACGGGACCAAUCGACAAAGAUUUUCUUGGAAGUUAGUCUCAUCGGCAGCAUUCUGGAUGACUUUCUAGUUUCUUAUGUCAUCCGCAGUCAUCACAGUCCAACCCAUCUACACAAUCAUUGAUGAACAAGAGAAAGAGGGUUGGUCCGAGCGUUUUAAAUGGGAAUAUGAGCCAUAACCGGAUUUUCCCCUAAUUGACAUUAAUGUACACAUUUCAGCGAUCGUCUCCGAUCAGGCAACGUAGCCCUCUCGCACAUGUACUGCACAACCUUCACGUAUCACAUGUGUGCUAAGGACUUCGAAAAAGAGGAAGACGAGGAAGACGAGGAAGGCGAGGAGCAGGAGGAGGAAGAGAGGGGAGAAAACAACUAUGAAGUCGGAGACCCUGCAGAGACCAAGAAAGCAGCUGAAUUCGACUAUGCAUGA